UGUUUUCCCCCUCCUACAUAUCCAAGAAGCAUAUCCAUACUCACUAUCUUACACCAACACUCUACAAAACAAUACUUUGGACCUUUGUGGCUUCCACACUUUACCUUGAAGGCCCCAUGAGACUUUCAGAGGACCGUCGCUGCUGAGAAACUCUGGGAACAAAACCCAUUUCCUUUCAGCCAGUAGACACAUCCUUCCGUUCUGACAGCUUUGGUGGAGCUAAAUGGAAGCUCAUUAAAUCACGGAAUCAUGAAAACACCAGAGGAUCACUGGGAGUUUCCAUUUGGAGUUGUAAAUUAAUAAGCUGAAAGACCACCAGUGAGUGGAGCAAAUCUAAUUCAACCUGCAGCAGAAGAUCUGUUAGAAUAAAUGAUAACUCUCCUUUGCCAUUUCAUCAGUCUCAUCUGAAGUGCCUUUUGCUUCAUCGAACCGUUUACAUCCACUCCACAUAUCUGAUCCAUCUGCCAAGACACAUCUGUUUCAUUACUUUCUUCUGUUUGCAUGCGAGUAAAAGUUUGAAGUAUCUAAGAUACGAGGAAUGAGACCAUCGUAGAAUUCAGUUCCUCAGACUUAUCCUACCUUAACUCACUCAGACUCUCAAACAGUUCUGUCACCAUGUACACGCUGCAGUCCAAAUGGCGCUACCUAAUCAUGUUCUUGGGCGUCCAGUUAGUGGUCAUGGCUCUUCUUUCUAGAGAGGGGUACCAGAAAAGAGUGUCAUAUUUUUUCCGGAUUUUCCGAAAGCUGGAUUCUACGACUGGACACACAGUUGGUGUACGCAACCAUACGGAUGUUUACGCCAACCUCUCCCUUUUGGGCCCUCCUGUUAAAAAAGAGGACAUGGUCUACUGCCCCAACCAGUCUCCUCUGACUGGUGGACCAAUUCAUGUCACUUUUCCCUCUGGGCUUUCGCUUGCUGAGGUGGAGAGAAAGAAUCCACUUGUUGUCCGUGGAGGGCGUUAUAGGCCGCCAAACUGUGAGGCUCGCCACCGCACUGCAAUAAUCAUUCCCCACAGAAAUAGGGAGCAGCACCUCAAGUUCCUCCUCUACUAUCUGCACCCCUUCCUACAGCGUCAGCAGCUCAACUAUGGCAUCUAUAUCAUUCACCAGGCUGGUAAUUACACCUUUAACCGAGCAAAGCUGAUGAACGUGGGAUUUCGUGAAGCCAUGAGGGAAGAGGACUGGGACUGUCUCUUCUUUCAUGAUGUGGACCUCAUUCCCGAGGACGACCGCAACACCUACAUCUGUGAUGCUCACCCCAAACACGCUGCCAUUGCCAUGGACAAAUUUGGCUACAAGUUGCCUUAUAAGAUGUAUUUUGGAGGAGUAUCGGCUGUGACCCCUGUUCAGUACCUCAAAAUGAAUGGUUUCCCAAACAAUUACUGGGGCUGGGGUGGUGAGGACGAUGACAUUGGUGUCCGGGUCUCACUUGGAGGAAUGUUAAUCAGUCGUCCGUCUCUAAAAGUGGGCCGAUAUAAGAUGAUCAAACACAAGCAAGACAAAGGCAAUGAAGUGAAUCCCAAAAGGUUUAACAUGUUGGCCAAGACCCGGCAUACGUGGAAACAAGACGGUAUGAAUACGUUGGAGUAUGAGAUCGUAUCCCGGGAUUACCAGCCUCUUUACACCAACAUCACAGUCAACAUUGGCACAGAGGCAGGCCUGCACCCGCCUAAAAAAAAAGCUGCUUCUUAGCUGACUCCCAGCAUUCUUGUGGAUCCCAGAGGCACAAGUCUUAGCGCCAAUGCCACACUGCCUGAAGACUUCACCCACAUGCACAUGGCUAGUGAAUUCAUGGGACAUCAUGCCUUUACUGCUCCACAGACCUUCUGUUUUUCUCUGUAAUAGCGGUGCCAUCUAGUGAUCCCAUGAUUCUCUGUCCUUUCUCUCGCGCUCUUUUUCUCCAAAGUUUGACAUUCUGAUCCUGUGCUCACUGGUUCACUUUAUAAGUCAGGAUGCCAUUCUGGUCCACACACUGACCGCUUCACAGACUCCGUAGGAAGGAUGUGUUUCCUGACAGACACUUCAUGUAUCCUCUGUGUCUAUAGGCACCACUGAAAAACCUCUGUUGCCUUAGAAUCAAGCUGCAUUCUCUCUUUACAUUUCUCUUAUAAUGACUAACGGCCACCCAUUGGUUGACGUGUUGCACUGGGUCAGGCCGACUCUUUAGGAGGGGUAAAAUUAGUUUUCUGCCACGUGAGGGGAAAAGUGAAGCAUGCCGAUCAACUACAUAAGCAACGUUAUUUGCUGCACUACUCUGUGAGUCUGGUGCAUUUCCUGUUCAGUAAAUUAGUACUUUUGAUUAUGUACUGUAUUGCUAUACAGGUGGGUGGAGUGAUAUUUUGCUAUAUAUCUUCCAUUUCAAGUAAAUAACUGGCCUCUUUGGUAGUAAUAACCACUCUACAUAUACUGAUGUUCGCCUUUUUCUCUUCUUUUUUUAUUGUCAUACUUGCCUUUGGUUAUCUUGGUAAUAAUACUGGCUUUUCUAAUCAAUGCGCUGCCUCAUUUUCACGAUUUACCCAACACACUCUAUUUUAUCUGCAUUAUUUUUUUCUUUUUUUUUAUGAUUGGUUGGUUGUGUGCGGUUUGCUUUGGAUUAGGCAUUAGGUUUGUUGAAUGUAGGUGUAAUUCUCCUUUUGGUCAGAGAAUGUCAUAUCAGUGAAGAGUGCAUUGUGUUGUGUCCAUUUGGAUGGCUUGGUGAAAAGCAUAUACUUUGGAAGUCUCUUUGUUUUUGCCCCAUAUUCCCAUAUAGAGUCCCAUAUAGAGUCCAGCAUUUGAUCAUUCAAUGAUAUUUCCUAGAAAUGUACUUAGCUUGUUAUGCAUGCUUUUAAUAAAGACUUUCAGCUUUAUAAAAACACAAGCAUAAACCGUUUAUAAAAACAUUAAGUAAAUUGUCCCAUUGAAUAAAAUGAGCUAAGAA